AUGAAGAAUCAGCAAGUGAACGUGGAUUAUUGGUCGAUGCUGAAAGCCAUGUUUUUGUACGGUGCGCUGACCGCGCUGGGUUGGCUUAUGCUGAGGCUUUUCAACACGGUGUUCAUGCUGCCGGGACGGUUGCGGUCCCAGCAGGACAACGUACAGAGCUCGUUGAAGGAACUCCAGAGACGCUUCCCCGACUUGAACAUAACCGAAGAGGACUUGAUAAACGCUGAUAAAGAGCUCGAGAAGCUAAUAAACGAAGAAGACGACAAAAAAACAAAAGAUAGUGAUAUACCUAAAAUUGAAGAACCGCCCGCUGAGGAAGAUAAGAAAACUCUU